UGUUAGCUCUGCUGGUUUAUUGUACCAAAUCGUCCGCCCGAAUUUUGCUGCAAAUAGUAAAUCGAUAUAGUUUAAAACGUGGAAUUUGUUUUUAGAAACGACAGAAGAAACAACGAUGUAGUCUUCCUUCACUCGUUGUUAUCUUAGCUUUAUGUUUAUUUAGUGUGUAUAUGUUCUGUUAUGUUUAGCAUUAAUUUGUUUUUAUCGCCGCACCCACCACAUCUUUUUAUUGUGGGCCAGCACGCUAACGUUGCCCGGGCAUAUUUUGAUUUUGAAUAGGCCAGCAAGAAUUAUUUUAUUUUAAUUAACUGAUAAUAGAUGAAAGAAACAAUCGGCGCCAGUAUAAAAUUUUAAAUUUUGUGCAUUUCUGCUAAUGCUGACUAGCUUCAAAAUUACCACCACCGCACUUUUCAGUUUGUAGCCCAGCACGCACGGUAGUCAUUAUGACAGGUGAGAAGAUACGUACCUUGCGGAAAGACCACAACAAAGCAAACAAAAAUGAAGAAAUAAUGGAUACCUACGAUGAGACCUCCAACGGGACGAUUCCUAACGGUACCAGUAACCAUUAUAAAUCGAACAAGGCUUUCCAGAAAUCUGUCAAAGCCUCGGCACUGCAACAGCAGCUUAAUGCAAAUAACAUAAACGGUAAUACGUCAGUUGUCAACGAUAACAACAAAAACCCAAUAAUCCUGACAAAUGAGGAUUUGGAGUUCCCUGUUCAUGAAUGUGUGUUCAAAGGAGACGUACGUCGGCUCUCAUCUCUCAUCAGGACCCAUAGCAUCUGCCAAAAAGAUGUCCACGGGAACACACCUCUUCAUCUGGCUGUGAUGCUGGGCCACAAAGAGUGUGCCCUCCUUCUCCUGGCCCAUAAUGCACCUGUAAAGAUAAAGAAUGCACAGGGAUGGAGUCCUCUUGCAGAAGCCAUCAGCUACGGUGACAGGCAGAUGAUCACAGCAAUACUGCGGAAGUUGAAGCAGCAGUCAAGGGAGAGUGUGGAGGAUAAGAGGCCAAAAUUACUGAAAGCCCUCAGGGAGCUUGGUGACUUUUAUCUGGAGUUGCACUGGGACUUUCAGAGCUGGGUACCGCUGCUUUCACGGAUGCUGCCAUCUGAUGCCUGUAAAAUCUACAAGCAGGGCAUCAACAUUAGACUUGACACUACUCUCAUAGACUUCAAUGAUAUGAAGUGUCAGCGUGGAGAUCUGAGCUUCAUUUUCAACGGUGAUGCUGCACCCUCCCAGUCCUUUGUGGUUCUGGACAAUGAAGCAAAAGUGUACCAAAGAAUACACCACGAGGAGUCAGAGAUGGAGACUGAGGAGGAAGUGGACAUUCUGAUGAGCAGUGAUGUCUACUCUGCAACGCUGUCAACCAAGUCCAUCACUUUCUCUCGUAGUCAGAUUGGCUGGCUCUUCAGAGAGGAUAAAACAGAGAGGGUUGGAAACUUCCUGGCUGACUUCUAUGCAGUGAACGGCCUGGUGCUAGAGUCGAGGAAACGGCGAGAACAUUUAAGUGAAGAGGACAUCUUGAGGAACAAAGCCAUCAUGGAGAGCUUGAGUAAAGGAGGCAGCAUCAGUGAGCAGAAUUUUGAGCCCAUGAGGAGGCAGUCCCUUACAGCUCCUUCCCCCAACACCAUUUCUUGGGAAGAGUACAUAACUGCAGAGCAUGGAAAGCCCCCUCAUCUUGGCCGAGAGCUUCUGUGUAAGGAAAGCAAAAAAAACUUCAAAGCUACUGUAGCCAUGAGCCAAGAUUUCCCUCUAGGCAUCGAGUCGUUACUUAAUGUGUUGGAAGUCAUAGCCCCAUUCAAGCACUUCAACAAACUCAGAGAGUUUGUUCAGAUGAAACUUCCACCUGGGUUUCCAGUCAAACUCGACAUCCCCGUCUUCCCCACGAUCACAGCGACUGUCACCUUUCAGGAAUUCCGCUAUGAUGAAUUUGAAGAGUCUAUUUUCUUCAUCCCCACUGAGUACAAGGAAGAUCCCAGUCGCUUUCCAGACCUCUGACCUGUAAACACAUCCGACUCAAACAGGAAACAGUCACUAAUUGUGAGAGGGCAGAUGCAAAACAGAGGACUCUUGUAUUAUCUUAUCGUGUAUAUAGAUAGUCAUAAAAAAAGGGAAAGAAAAGGAGGAGGUGGGGUUAACUGAUCAGUAACUGUUCACUUUGCUGAUGUAUCCAAAGCAAAUCAGUGCAAGAAGACAGAGCGCCAUCUGAUAUUGGCGGUCAUUUUUGUGAAAUGAGGGAUGGCUUUCAUUUUUCUCAUUGUUCACAACCCAAGCAGUUAAAGCUGCUGCUCUAUGCUGCUGUACUCUACUGUGAAAGCUGUCAGAUGACACCGCUUGUACACCUCAUCGUCACUAUUUUAAUAUCUCUGUCGUAUGUAAAUAAUAAUUGUCUCAUCUUCCUUUUACAACAAAAUAAUCACAUAUAGCUAUAUCUGAGCUUACUGUUCCUUUAUAUAUUGCAUACUAAAUAUAUAUACAGUAUAUAGAUAUACAUCUAUAUAUAUCUAUAUAUUUAGAUAUAUAUAGAUAUAUAUAUUAUAUCCCAACUCAAAGGAGUAACACUGUAGCAAUACAUUUCCAGUACAUAAGAAUGUUUUUAACCAGCUGGGAUAAGGUUUAGCAUAAAAACACAUACAGGUCAUUAUUAAAGCCUUUUCCCUGUGCAGGACGCUGUCUCCUGUGGUUUCAGGUUCACUUAUGUUACCUCUCAGCUGUCUCCAUGUUUUGUCGUGAUAGUAUGAAUUCUGUGCUCGGUGUGAGUGAAUAAUUGUACUGUAUUGAGGAUCGUUCUGUGUAUGUUUGUGUGGGGGAGAACCCAGAUGGGAUAUCAGGUAAACUGUACUUGGUUUAAUAAUGCACUGAUGUUUAAGGCAUGCUAUGGCUGUGAUGGCCUCCUGGAUCACAUGCAUCUUGAAACUGUUCUCUCAGCAUUUGUUAUAUUACUGCAGACAGAUUUUUAGAUAAACUGAAAAUGAUAACACUAACAAUUUAAAACUAUUUUAGUGCUCAUUAAUGAUCUCUGUUAUGUGAGUCUGCCUAUUUGUUUUUUUAAGUAUACUUAAUAUAUGAAACAAAAGAUGAAACUAAGCUGUGAAGUUGGAUGUUCCAAAUGUUCUAGACAGGAAAUUUUAGUUGUUGCUGGCUUCAGCUAAUAUGUACUGCAACCAUACCUAUUUCACAUCCCUUUAAAUAAAGCACCAGCAUCAUGUUUCAAAUGA